AGGGGACUGCAUCGCUGCGCAAGAAUGGGAGAGUGUUUCAGGGCCGAAACGAAUGCUGCGAACUCUUUCGGCACGAAUGCUCACAAGCUGUUUGUUUCUGACACAAGCACAUUCGAUGAUAUGGUAAAUCUUCUGCAUACUGCAGGACAAUUGGCGUAGGAAUGAGAAGAUCGCAAAGUCCAACUUGGAAAACGGCUGCCCACUAAGACCUGAGCGUCGCUCUGCGUUUUCACUCUGGUCAACAAACCGACGUGCAAGCCAGAUAGAAAUGCUCUAUUGAUGUCCAUCUGGAGCCUAGAUUCGGGAUCACUCUACCAUCUCUUUGGACGAAACAAAUGACAAAGCCAUCAUCGCUCAAACCUGCCCUCAAAGCAGGAUCAUCUCCAUCACAUAGAAGCAGUAGCAAUUCCAGCGCAUCGCACACUGCACCAAGUACAGCGAAAUCGCCAAUAGCAGCAGUCGCAGGGGCAGCAGGGGUUGGCGGCAAGAAAAGCUCCAAGCAGCCAGCAACGCGCGCCGCGAUUCCCGUCGUUCCUUCUUCCACCAACAAGACCAAGACUGUCCCACUCACAUCCAGUAAAGCCGCUGCGGCCACCAAUAGCGAGGUCCAGCUUGCUCGACCACAGGCAGACCAGCAGAGCAGCAAGUCCAAGAAGGCGGCCAAGAAGGCGAAUGCGAAAGCAGAGAAGGACGAAGAAGACGAUGAUGACAUUGACGCGCUCUUUGCCGAAUCCACCAAGACGCAGGCAAAAGUGAGGGAGGCUAAGGCUGCAGAGGCUGCAAUCGAAGCUGCCGCACAAGCCAAAGCAAACCUCCUGGCACGCUACGCAGCGGCCGCAGCGAACGACGACGAUUCGUUUGGCGAUAGUCGAGGCGCAAAGUCUCGCAAGCGCAUUGAGGGAUAUAACGUGUACACUGAAGACGAGCUGAAAUUGUCCACCACCGGCGGCGAUACUCCUCUUUGCCCAUUCGAUUGUGACUGCUGUUUCUGACACAACAAUAGACUUGAUUGUUGCGCACUCC